AUGGAACCAAUUAUGCUGCAUGGGACGCUUUAUGCAACAAUAUAUGGGAUCGACAGGCUGCAUACUGGCGGCUGCUGCGGUUUUAAUACCCACGGCAAGAUUGCUGGUCCUAGACUCUAUGCAACAAUCGAUCUACAGAAAGCUAGAGUUGGGCGUACCAGAAUGAUAGAAAAUGAACCCUCCAACCCCCAAUGGAAUGAGUCCUUUCGCAUCUACUGUGCCCAUUUGGUUUCUGAUGUUGUAUUCACCAUCAAAGAUGAUAAACCUGUAGGAGCAUUCCUCAUCGGAAGAGCUUAUGUACCUGUUGCAAAGAUCAUAAAUGAGCACGAGGUAGACGAUUGGGUUGAUAUUUUGGAUGAAAAGUUUAAUCCGAUACAUGGAGGCUCUAAGAUCCAUGUUAGGCUACAAUUUAUUAGUGUUAGCCAAGAUAAGAAUUGGUCUCGAGGAAUUUCUAGUCCUGAAUUUGAAGGUGUUCCUCACACAUUUUUCAUGCAAAGGCGAGGUUGCAAUGUUUCUCUUUACCAAGAUGCCCAUAUUCCAAGUGAUUCUAUACCUAAGGUCUUUCUUUCUGGAGACAAGUACCAUGUGAAUCAUAGAUGCUGGGAGGAUAUCUUUGAUGCAAUCAAUGAUGCAAAAUACUUGAUUUACAUAGCAGGGUGGAGUGUGUAUACUAAAAUCACCUUGAUUAGGGAUGAACAAAGACCAAGGUCGAAUGGAAAUAUUAUGUUGGGUGGGUUGUUGAAGAAGAAGGCAAAUGAAGGAGUAAAAGUUCUUGUUCUUAUUUGGGAUGAUUUAUCUUCAAUUGAACUAUUAAAGAAGGAUGGUUUGAUGGCAACCCAUGACCAAGAAACGGCAGACUACUUUCGAAAUUCAAAGGUGCACUGCGUUUUAUGCCCUCGUAAUCCCGAUGACGGAAGAAGCGUAAUUCAAGGGGUAGAGAUUUCUACUAUGUUCACACACCAUCAAAAGAUAGUAGUAGUUGAUAGUGAAAUUGCCAAUGGGGGACUAGAAAAGAGGAGGAUAGUGACUUUUAUUGGAGGCAUUGAUCUUUGUGAUGGGAGGUAUGAUACGCAAGAGCAUUCCUUGUUCAGAACAUUAAAAACAAUUCAUUAUCAUGAUUUCCAUCAACCCAACUUUGCCAACUCUUCGAUUAGAAAAGGUGGUCCAAGGGAGCCUUGGCAUGACAUUCACUGUCGACUAGAGGGGCCUAUUGCUUGGGAUGUUUUGUACAAUUUCGAGCAAAGAUGGAAGAAGCAAGUAGGGGAUGAGACACUUAUUCCACUCAAUGAACUAUAUAAAUUCAUUAUUCGUCCUUCACCAGUUGUAUUAUUAGAUAACCAAGAAACAUGGAAUGUUCAAUUAUUUCGAUCCAUCGAUGGAGGGGCAGCUUUUGGCUUUCCCCAUGAGCCCGAGCAUGCGACUGAACUAGGACUAUUUAGUGGCAAGGACAAUGUCAUCGAUCGAAGUAUUCAAGAUGCUUAUAUCAAUGCCAUUCGAAGGGCAAAGAAUUUCAUUUACAUUGAAAAUCAAUAUUUCCUUGGUAGCUCCUUUAGUUGGAAAUCAAAUGAUAUCAAGGUGGAAGACAUUGGUGCCUUACAUCUUAUACCAAAAGAACUCUCACUCAAGAUUGUUAGUAAGAUUAAGGCAAGGGAAAGAUUUGUAGUUUACAUUGUCAUUCCAAUGUGGCCGGAAGGUAUUCCUGAGAGUGCUUCUGUUCAAGCUAUACUUGAUUGGCAGCGGAGGACAAUGGAGAUGAUGUAUUAUGAUAUCACUCUCGCACUUCAAAACGAAGGACUCGAUGAAAAUCCUAGGGACUAUUUGACAUUUUUUUGUCUUGGGAAUCGAGAAACAAUUAGAGAUGAAGAAUAUCGAGCACCAAUGGCACCAGAACCUGGCACUAACUAUAGUAGAGCUCAGCAAGCCCGACGCUUCAUGAUUUAUGUUCAUUCAAAGAUGAUGAUAGUUGACGAUGAAUACAUAAUCAUUGGAUCUGCAAAUAUCAACCAAAGGUCGAUGGAUGGUGCAAGAGAUUCUGAGAUAGCAAUGGGAGGUUAUCAACCACAUCACUUACCAACUAGUCAGGAUCAAUCAAUAAUGGGUCAAAUCUAUGGUUUUCGAAUGGCGUUGUGGUGGGAACACCUUAGAGUGUUGGACAACAUCUUCAUCCGUGCAGAGACUUUGGAAUGUGUUCAGAAAGUAAACAAAAUGGCAGAAGAGAAUUGGAAUCUCUAUGCAAGCGAAACGUUUGAUGAUGACUUGCCUGGACACCUAUUGCGUUACCCAAUUGAAGUCGGCAAGGAUGGAAGGAUUAUACCAUUUUCAGGGAUUGAGUUCUUCCCCGACACCAAUGCUUGUGUCUUGGGCACCAUAUCUGAAGAGAUUCCUUCCAUUCUUACCACGUAAUUAUAUUAAUGGUUCAAUUCAAAAAUAAUAACCGUUCACUUCAUCAUAUUGUUUUCCCAUCGUCGAUUAUUGCAAAAACACAUGGUACUUUGUUUGUAAACACUGCUAAAAAUAAUUUGGAAUG